ACUCACUCCGAAUCAUCAUCAUUGCCUUCAGAUCCACUGGAAGAGGAAGGAAGCUGACCUCAGAGCGCUUUGAGCUGGAAAGGGUUGGUGAUAGGGGAUGAAGGAGAGAGACAGAGAGAAAAUGAGGCAUGGAGCUAGAAGGAGAAGAUCGUUCCUGCAACCAGUUCUUUUAUUAUUUGCGAUACUGGCUGGCUUCGGGCUCUUCAUGCUUGCUCUUAGGCCGUUGGAUCCUCCGAUUCGCGUGGAUGGAUUUCCUGGAGAUUCCGACCUCGAAGAUUCGGAUAGCUCGAGUUUAGAUGGUGGUGGUAGAAAGCUGGGGAACAGUGGAGUAGCCCCAUGUGCAACGGUGGAAGAGAUGGGCAACGAUUACAGAAGAAGUUUUUGGAGCGAAAGCCUGAGAGUGAGAACAAUGAUUGAAAACCAUUUCGUUAUGAAUGGCGCUUCAAGAGUCAGGGAUCUCCCCUCGGAGAAGUUCUGUGGUCAUGGCUUUGUUCUGGGUAAAACUGCUGAGGCAGGUUUUGGGAAUGAAAUGUACAAGGUCUUAACUGCCGCAGCACUGAGUGUGAUGUUAAACCGGUCCUUGAUCAUUGGCCAAACCAGAGGUAAAUAUCCUUUUGGGGAUUGCAUUUCUUAUUCCAACUUCACCUUUACCAUGAAUGAAAUCAAGCAUUUGUGGAGAAGCCAUGGAUGUGAAAGCAAAUAUGGAAGGCAACUGGUUAUGAGGGUUGAUGAUUUUGAAAAACCUCGGGAAACUAAUGUUCUGUGUAGCAAUUGGAAGGAAUGGGAGCAACCUAUCAUAUGGUUUCAAGGAACUACAGAUGCUGUAGCAGCUCAAUUUUUCUUGAAGAAUAUACACUCUCAGAUGAGAAUGGCUGCUUUUGAUUUGUUUGGUGAUCCAAAAGUGCCAGAAACUCGCCCUAAUGUAUUUGGGGAGCUCAUGAGAGUUCUCAUAUCCCCUACAAAAGAAGUGCAGGAAGCUGUCAAUUGGGUUAUUGAUGGUAGAGAGGACCCUGAUAUCUCAUUACAUAUGCGAAUGCUUAUGAAUAGGUCCGUAAGAGCUGUACAGGCGGCACUGCGCUGCAUUAAAAAAGCCAUAGAGAGUCAGAACCUUACAUCAAGACCAAAGGUGGUUCUGGUGUCAGAUACACCUUCUCUUGUUAAAAGUAUGAUGCCCAACAUAAGCGAGUUUGCAGAGGUCCUACGAUUUGAUUAUGAAAAUUACAGAGGAGAUGUAUUUAAAGGAAUGUCCCGUCUAGAUUUUAGGGUGAAGGAUUGGGGUCCUGCACCCAGAUGGGUUGCUUUUGUGGAUUUUUUCCUUGCAUCUCGUGCAAGACAUGCUGUUGUUUCUGGAGCUCACAGGCGUGUUGGGACUACCUAUGCUCAGUUAAUUGCUGCACUGGCCGCAGCAUCCAAUCUGGGAAAUAACUCUGCUAGCUCAAGCUUUUCAUUUCUGAGCAGUUUUCAAAGUAACUUGUUAAGUGAGGGUCUAAAGAACCAAAUUGGUUGGGGCCAUGUAUGGAACAGAUACGCGGGGCCGUUGAGCUGUCAUAACCAAACCCAUCAAUGCGCAUUUACGCCACUUAUCCCUCCAGCUUGGUGGGAUGGCCUUUGGCAAUCUCCCAUUCCGCGGGAUGUUAAUCGUCUGGCUUCCUACGGCAUGCAGGUGUCUGCUUUGGGCACAGUCGACAAUGAUUCUCUUCAGACUCACUGUAAUUCAAGGAAAUCUGUUGUGAAAACCGUCCCUAUCAAACUCUAGUCUUUGCGAAUCACAAUUCAUUGUAUUCGUUUUCGAAUGAUCGUAAUAAUUAGUGCGAUGGCGUUAGAUAUCUCUUCAUGUUCUGCAUUGAAGUUUUCUUAGUUCACUUCCUGCCAAUUUUAUUAAAUACCAAGGGCAUGGAAAAAUAUCAUUUAAAAAAACAAGAAUUAAAGCACUUUCCACUGGUGGAUUCGUCAGAAGGGAAGGAGCCAGCUAUGUAGUUAUGUAUACAGAGAACAUGUUAGGACCUUUUUUUUUUUUUGGUUCAUUAUUAUUUUGUACCUCUCAGAUUUAUGGAAUUCAGUGAAGAUGUGUAUAUUUGCUAUUACAGUAUUAUUUAGCUUUUUGACUUGGACUUGUUAAA